ACCUUGAACCUCGGCUGCAAAAACGUAAACAAAGCAAGAAAUGUCAAACGUCACGAAACAUUGAUCCAUGUCUACACGUAGCGCGCGAGCGAAGAUACCACCUGACCGUUGCCCUUGUCGCGCUACGUGUAGACAGACGGUAAUUGUUUACAAAAUUGGUUAAAUCGUGCUCUGGUUGUUGCCCCUUUUUAAAUGUUUCUAAAUAUUAAUUUGUUCCUUAAACAUGUGGCCCUUCUAAUUGUGUGCAUUGCCGGAGACAAACUUGGUGAAGGUGCUUCAAAACCCGCUCUUCUGCGUGCAUUUAUUGAUAACGCAACACACGCACUUGUUGGGCUGAUCGGCGGCGAGAUCGUUCUGAAUAGCGUGAAGCAGCACCAUCUGAGUAGGCAAGAAUAUUGCAUUUUACUUCUAGAGGCCACAGUCGUGUCUUCGUUCAUUGACUUGGAUCAUUUUAUUGAGGCAAAGUCGAUUCGUUUGCAGGAUGCUACCAAUCUUGACCGACGACCGUUUCUUCAUAAUUCCGCGAUUUGUGGACUUAUUCUUAUCCUGGUCAUCAUGUUCCAACGCAUGGACCCCAACGGAUUGUUAUCAAUCGCCGGUGCGAUGGCAUUAACUGCUUUCAGUACGCACCACAUUCGUGAUGCGACGCGAAGAGGAAUUUGGGUCAAAGUUCCUUUACUAGACACUAGCACUCCGGCCAUUCCUUACAUCGCCUAUCUUGCGCUCGUUAGUGCCACUCCACAUGCAAUUUCACAAUUAUUGAGGCUUACAGGAAGUGGAAAUCCACAAAUGAGCCGACUCGUAGAGAUGGUUUGAACUAGUUAACGAAUAUAAUGAAUAAAAUGUGAUAUCCAUACUACAAAAGCCCUAGACCGUUCGCCGGAUGCAGCAGUCGAUAAGUAAGUGAGUAUGUUAGAUAUGGUAUAAGUUACGCAGUGUCGCAAAGCAACAUCCACCACAUUAAUCAUAUUAAGCACUCAUACUAUUUAAACUUGAUAGCGAGGCAUAGCGUGUUUCUUCAGUCUAUAAGCAACAGUUGCAUAGAAUAGGCAGUGCCAACCCAACAUUGAGUCUCCACGAUGGUCGAUAUAAAGUCUUUUGUUCCAUCGCUGAAUAAUACAAACUAUUGCAAAAUCUUCGGACUGCUUUUGGCUUUUGAAUUAACAACUAUGGUGAUGAUUAAAACCUUUAGAACAACGUAAGCUUUUGCUGUGCCUCUAAAUGCCGUGAUCUAAAUGAUUUAAUUCAUUCCUUUUGUUCAAUAUGCAGAAAAUCCGAAGAUCAUCCUUAUAGUUAUCAAUUUAGUGCUUGCUAUUUUUAACUCAUUUGCUCGAAUCCCAAUCUUACAAGCGACUUACAGUGACUCACGACGCUUAGGCGUGCUUACUCACGAUGCAGGAAGUUCGGCGAGAUUGGAGGCCUCAAGAUCUUGGAGCUAGCGAGAAGCUGAACGAGGGUAGACAAAUAAAAGCAAGUAUUGAGAGUUAUCAUUCAGUACUAGCGAAUCGUUAGCGCAGAUUGUUGGAGUUUGUCCAGUUUUCCUCGAUAAACGGCUGAUUCAUUUCGAAAUUGCUUGCAUUGUGUUUACUUAAUAUCAUUUGCUUGCUGUAGCGAGUCUCCUUCCCUCUCUUUCGCUCUCUUGUGCAAAUAAUCCCUUUUUAAU